GACUGAACCGAGGGGUGGAAGUAGCUUGUCCUUGUGCCAUUACCAUUUCCGGCUCUUACUUUCUUUUCGGAUCCUUCAGCUUUAGCGAUGGAGCCGACCAGGGCGCUAUUCAAUUCCUGUUCCAGUCAGUGGAUGCGAAUGGUAGUUCAGCGUUGGUGGAAGCGUCCAGUGAUUCGGGGCUUCUGGGAAUACUCUUGGCCGCGUCGAUUGCCCUGUAUGAAAAGUGCCGUGUCCCAUAGUACCUUGCGGCCGAACUUCACUUAUUCUAUAAGGACUUACUGUGCGACUACCCAGAGCCGCCUGUGCUGGAGCUGUCAGGCUCAACUGAGCAGGGCUGACUUGUUCUGUCCGGCCUGUACAACUCUGCAGCCACCUGAUGAGAGCAAGGACUUUUUCCAGGUUCUGGAUUGUGAAAAAUCAUUUAAUGUCAACACUCGGGAACUGCAACGAAAAUACCGUAAUCUUCAACGUUUGCUUCAUCCAGAUUUCUUUAGCCAGAAGUCAGAGAGUGAACGAAACAUAUCAGAAAAGCAGUCAACAAUGGUUAACAAAGCUUACAAUACCCUUCUAUCACCUUUAAAGCGAGGAUUAUAUUUGCUAAGUCUGAAUGGCAUAACAUUAAAGGACGGAGCGGACGAUGAAGUGGAUACACAAUUUCUCUUUGAUAUAUUAGAGCUCAAUGAACAGCUAAAUGAUGCAGAUGCUAAGGCUGACAUUGAAGAAGUUGGAGACUUUGUACAAGGACAGUUGGCAUCUCUGACAAAGGAUUUGAGAAAAGCUUUUCAGCAAGGUGAUCUCCAAGAAGCUAAAAUACUUCUAGCAAAGAUGAAAUACUUCUCAAAUAUACAAGACCAAGUAAAGAAGAAAAUAAUAUCUUAAGUGCUGUACAAAUGUGACACGGCCCCAUUAAGUUAUCAUUAUACUCAAAAAAGCAUUUGCACUGCCAGUAAGGUUUUACCUGUGUGAAAGCGCUACCAGACACAAUAUUAAUUUAUUAAAAGGACAUUUGUUUACUGGGCUAGAACCAGAAAGAGAAUUCUAUAUGUAUGUACUGCUGCAAUUCUGACAAAGAUUUCUCAUGCCUGAUGAGGAAAUACCAAAUGCUUAGCUCUGUAAAAUAGCAGUCAUAUGUAUCUGAGUGAAAAAGUAAAGUUGGUUUUAUCAGUG